AUGCCCAAAGCACCAUCGACUCAACGUCGAGGUGCCCGUAUUGGUUCAGGUCAUCGUCCGCUUGGGCAGGAAAUUCGUGAAGACGAAAUCUUAUCACGAUUUGGUCGUGUGCGCGCCACUAACGCCCGCCCCAAGAAGGGUCAAGAGAAGGAGGAGUUCGAUGUUGCUGUGACUGGGAACCCGCUCAAAGUCACAGGCAGUCGUACAGGGACCUCGUUUGUGGAUCCAAAGCUCAGCAGAAACAUUUUGCGCUUGGCCCGCGAGCAGCAGGAGGAAAUAGAGCGCGAAGAAGCAGAGUUAGAAGCAGAAGCAGAAACUAGAUCCACUGAUGAGACGCCUCGUCUUUCCACUGCGAAGUUUCGUGAAAUGGAUGAUCUACACGACGACGAAAGUGAUACGGAUGAGAAUGAUGGUCAUGCAUCGAUCGCAGGCAGUGACGAGGACGAAGAUGAUGUGCAUGAAUUCAAUGAUCCAGAAUACGAACAGCUUGAUAUCUCACCGGAAGACCAGGCCUUGCUCGAGAAACAUGACGAGGAAGAAGAGCAGGCGCUAGCAGAUGAAGAUGCGGGUCGUCCACGAACAAAAACACUCGCGGAUCUUAUUCUGGCCAAAAUUGAGGCGUCUGAAGGUUCUGCAGCAAUGCGAGACAGUGGGGAAGACGAGUCCCGUAUGAUGCCACCAGGUAUCAACCCAAAAAUUGUGGAAGUAUACACUAAAGUGGGUGAACUUUUGUCACGAUAUAAAUCUGGCCCUUUGCCGAAAGCAUUCAAGAUUGUUCCAUCACUUCCAGCCUGGGAAGACGUAUUGUACAUCACUGCGCCUGAGACUUGGACACCACAUGCCACUCUGGCGGCGACGCGCAUCUUUGUCUCGAACUUCAAACCUGCACAGUGUGAGCGAUACUAUAAACUUGUGCUACUAGACAAGAUUCGUGAUGAGAUUCGGGAAAAUAAAAAAGUGAGUUACCACAUGUAUGAAGCUAUCAAAAAGUCGCUCUACAAGCCCGCUGCCUUUUUUAAAGGUAUACUGUUUCCUUUGUGCGAUGGCGGCGGCGUCACGCUUAAAGAGGCUGCCAUCAUUGGAUCUGUUCUGUCCAAAGUGUCUAUUCCUGUACUCCAUUCAGCUGCAGCUUUGCUUCGGCUUGCUGAAAUGGAGUACACGGGUCCUACUUCGCUCUUUAUCCGAAUCUUACUCGACAAGAAAUACGCUCUGCCAUACAAAGUGAUCGAUGGACUUGUCUAUCAUUUUCUGCAAUUUGCUGACAAGUCCAAGGGUGUUGAAGUGACGCAUACUCGCCAGGGCAUUGUUGGAGAGCGCCGAAUGCCAGUUCUUUGGCAUCAAAGUCUUUUGGUCUUUGCACAACGCUACAAACGUGAUUUAACUCCUGACCAGAAACUAGCUCUUCUCGAUCUAAUUCGAGUGCAAAAACAUCCUGGCAUAGAACCUGACAUCAGACGGGAACUUUCGUCCGGAGAAUCGCGAGGCGAAAUGCUUCCUGAGCCAUACGAUGAUGAUGACGACAUGUCUAUUUGA